AUGAAGCAUUCCCAGCUGUCGUCGGUCACGGAUGCAUCGGAACAGUCACCUUUAGCGGACGCCCUGCCAAAGCCUGGCGCCGGUCCUCAUUCCCAGCGGAAACCUACACCAAGCCCGCUUCCUCUGGAAUGGACCCGUGUCCAGCGCAAACGCAAGCUUCCAGUGAAUGCCUCAUCGAGUCAAGAAAAUGCUGCCGAUCUAGACGAAUACUGCUGUGACGACGCUUCCUGUCGUCACGUAAUACGGCUCCGACGAGAACAACAAGGGGAACCAGAAAACAACGCUCACGACCAAGGCACUCCGUCGGCAUCGCAUAGGCGCUACGUAGGGAAGGCUAUCUUCCUACUCCACGACAGUAACCCCGACUGGAUUCAGGGGUACUUUUUCCCCAAUGGUGCGAUCAAGCCUUGGGGAUUGUUGGCGGUCCAACAAGACAUUGACGAAUGUCUGCAGUGCACGGCUGGUGGAUAUCGCGUGGUCCAGCUCACCAUUUUGCCGUUUGAUCGUACCAACAUGAUCAAGAAACAGAGCGUUGCUGCUGUUGAAUGGAUUGGUGGUGAUAUGAUGUGUUUGAAACAUCCAUUGGUCCAAAUGCAGGGAGAACAGCUCGUGACGGGAGAAAAGGCGGUACCAACCGUAGAGACCAUCUUUGCUACCUUACUAACCAAACUACGGUCGUCCCGGGAAUCCGAGUCUACCACCACUCCCGUACUGAAAUUGCUUCCGGAUCUCGCCAUUGUAAGUGGCACAAUGCAAAUUCUCAUGCCGUACUCCGAUGUCGACGACAUGCUCUGGUAG